GUCAUAGAUCCAGUUUCCAGCCUGUGGGCCCACAGUUCGCCUCCCUCUGCCAGACUGGGGUGACCACCGUGUGAGGACCCACACCCGCUGUGCUCUCGGUUCCCUGUCCUCUCCGCCCUCCGGUCCCCCAUCCGGGGCAUGCCCCGCCAUGUUCGACCUAAACGGAGGCUGGAACCUGUCUUUCGCCGGUUGCGGGUUUUUGGGGAUUUACCACAUCGGAGUCGCCAGCUGUCUGCUGGAGAAGGCGCCCUACCUGGUGAGGGGGGCCACCAAGCUGUACGGGGCCUCUGCCGGAGCCCUGACCGCCACGGUACUGGCCAGCCAGGCGUCCAUCGCCAAAUGCUGUGCAGAUGUGAUCGACGUAGCCAAAGAGGCCAGGAAGAGGAAUUUGGGUCCUCUCCACCCUACUUUCAACUUGGUCAAGGUGCUAAGGUCAGGCCUGGAUCGAGAUCUGCCCCCUGAUGCACAUACUCUGGCCUCAGGGCAGCUGUGUGUGUCACUGACCAGAGUAUCUGAUGGACAGAAUGUUCUGGUGUCUGACUUUAACUCCAGAGAGGAGCUGAUCCAGGCACUGAUCUGUAGCUGUUUCAUCCCCGUCUACUGUGGGCUGAUACCUCCAUCCUUCAGAGGAGUGCGUUAUGUUGAUGGGGGCAUCAGUGACAACCUGCCCCAGUCGGAGCUGAAGAACACCAUCACCAUCUCCCCCUUUUCUGGAGAGAGCGACAUCUGUCCUAAGGACAACUCCACCAGCUUCCACGAGCUACGCUUCACCAACACCAGCAUCCAGAUGAACCUGGGCAACAUGUACCGUGUCGGGAGGGCUUUAUUCCCACCAGAACCAAAGGUAAUGGCAGAAAUGUGCCAAAGUGGUUAUAUGGAUGCACUGCGGUUCCUUGAAGACAACAACCUCCUGAUGCCCCAGCAUCCAACAUCAGGCCCCACCCUGCAAGAAAACCCACCCAACUGCUGCUGUAAGCACACAGAGACCACCAAAGAGUGGGUUCUCCGCAGGCUUCGCCUACUACGUAAACAGCACUGGUGGCUGGAUGAGCAGCUUGCUCUGCCUACACCAAUUAAAAAAGUGUUCUGUGAGGCCUGUCAGGAUAAAGCUGGCCUGUAUGCCAAGGUGUCUGACAUGUUACCGAUGAGAGUGGCCUCCUACAUGCUCAUGCCAUACACACUUCCUGUACAGUCAGCAUACUCUGUAGCUCAGAGGUUUGUCGAGUGGAUCCCAGAAGUACCAGCUGAUGUGCGCUGGCUGUUUGGAAUGGCAGGAGACGUGUACCGACAGGCCUGGAAAGGACCAGGAGCCAACGCCAACAGUGAGGCGGGCUUGAGGAAGUGCCUGAGUGUUCCACCUUUAACGACAGAAUGUGACAGCCCCAUGGAGAGGGACAAACCACCUGCUCUUUCCUCCCUUGAUCUCCAUGGCAACUACUGGGAGAUCCCCAAAUCUACCUCCUCAUCCUCGUCUUCAUCCUCUUUGCAGCACCACAUUUCACCCUCCUCUCCACAACAAGUCUGCUUCUUUGUUGGGUCUCAGGAGGAAACACAUGCAUAGAAAGACUGAGGAUGUGCACUUUAUUGAAGAUUGUGUCGACUUUCUUCUCACCCCCACUCCCUCUGUUGGCAGAGGGGAUGUGUGAGAAGUGAGUGGAUUGAUGGCUGGUAAUACUUAAGCAGAGAUGGUGCAUAACUGUUUGAAGGACACAGCCUUGUCUGACUCUGAACACUCCAGGCACCAUCAUCUGCAACAUAUUUGAAUGAGUUCUCUUGAAGACAGUGUCGAUACUCACUCAGGAUCGUGAUUCUGUUUUAUGAGCAAUUUUAAAGGACGACACAGUAAUGUGUAUAAUUUUACAGUCUGACUACAACUCUACCUACCUGCCUGUUUAAAAUGUAGCACACAUCCUCUUUUCAGUAUUGUUAAUUAACUCAAGUGUCUUCACAAGAGGCUCUUUUUACUUGUCGAUUUGUUCCUAGAUCAUGUUUGUUGAUUCUUACUGUUAUGUGAUGUUUUCAGGUGACACUGAAGAGUUUAGAGUUUUGAAGUGACAUAGUGCAAGUCCUGGAUGCCAUAUUGGAUGUCUGCUGCCAGCAAUACAAAAAUGUAACCUCACCAGAAAUUGGGACACAGUGAUAAUCUGUGUUACAUGGAGUAAUGUUUUCCCACUGGUAUAUUUUACUACAUAUUUGUAAACAGUGUUACCUAAUCAAAGAUUAGCUCCUGUUCAACUAAUUGUCACUCUUUACUGUCCAGUCUACCUCGUUCUGUACACUGAGGGAUUAUUUCCAUCAAUAUAUGUAUUUUGUAAUAUAAAUGCACUUCAUUUGGUGAGUAACCAAAGAAAAAAUGGCCCAAACUAUGAACAUGAUAAACUUAAGUGUCCUUAAACUAAGACAAAAGGCAAGACAUUAAAGUCCCUCUACUUAAAACACAGUCCAACUGCAGAUCAACAUGCACACAACGCCAGCACUGACGUCUGUUAAGGUGAAAGGAGGCUGCAGAGAUUUUUUUUACGUAACCGCCAAGUUUCUGUGGAGGUUGUUUAUCAUUUGCCAAAUGGACCACUGAUGCCAACAAUGUGUGUUAUUAUCACAGCACAGUUAUCUGCACAUAUCCUGAACUUCAUCUAUGUUUAAGAAAUAAACAUCACUUGAAUGUUA